AUCAUAAGUUCACCGGAUGUAGUAGUUAGUUUAUUUUCACUUGAUUAUACUCACGAGUCACUUCUAUAUAUAAAUAUAUAUAUAUAUAUAUAGGUUGGUAAAACAUAUACGUUUAUGUGUAACAGUAAGUGCAGAUUAAUAUUAAAUCGACGAAUUACGCAUGCAAGAGAACAACGAAUCAACAUCCAAUUAAUUGCUGUUAUAUAGAAUAUGCAGAAGUAUAACGAAGAUCAAAGUUGAUCUUAAUCAUCAUUUUAUUAAAAUUCGCUUACAUCAUACUUAUCCCAUUAUAUAGGUUGACGUACCAUGUGAUGAUUCUAGCACCGAAAAAAGCAGGAACCAAUUAACUCUAUAUUACAUUACAUACAAUACAAAUAUGUAAUUACGACAAAAAUGCAUAUCCAUAUAUAAUAUAGUAAUGAGAUUGACAUAUACAAAAAUAAAAUAAAAUAAAACGAGACUGUUUUAUGUGAACCAAAUCUUUGUGAUCUUUACUGUGGUAAAUAUGAGAAAAUGCGAAGAUAUAUUUUAGGGUUUACAAAAAAAAGAGGAUUAUAGGGUUUAUAUAUUAUCAUCGAUAUCGGCUCAUCUAGGUUAAAUAUUAUUAUCGUUUUAGGGCUUUUUAUUUUUCGCUCUUGUCACAACUUUUUACGCUCUCUCCUUACGCGUGAAACACACCCUCCAAUAUCUAUUGUCCACGUGUCGAAGUUACGUGCACACACGUAAAGAAAAUGUUUUAAUCACCACGCGCCUAGGGUUUUUUGGGGCAAACAGUGGUUGUGACCAGAAUCGCAGAUUAGUCUACGUGGUGGUCUCUCAUUGGGUUAUAUUUCCUAUCCUAUCACACAGAAACGUAGGCAUAUUGUCUUGCUUUUUUUCUAACGUAGGUGAGUUGGGUUUCCUUUUAAGAAAGCAAUGAAAUCUUAUAGAAUAAGUAUGUUUUUAUUCUUAUUCAAUUUUUGGAUACACCCUAAUAAAGCUAUAUGUAUUAAUGCUGAGAUUUUUUCCAGUAAAAGGUAAGAAAUAUUACACAGAUAGAAAUGUAUCUUUCCUUUUUAAUAUACAUCUAUGACAAUAGAAAGAGUGCACCCAGUAUAUAGAAUAGCACGUAGACUAAUAGAAAUAUGAAGACCAGAUGGUGAAUGGCAGUGCCAAAUGUUCAACAGAUGAGCUGUUUUUAGUCAAGAAAAUGAGAAAUUUUAUAUUAAUAAUAAUUACUUUUGUUGGAAUAAACUUUCAUUCUGACCCAGAAACCCCUCAUUGCAAAGAUAAGAAGAGAGCCACAGAUUCUCUAUCUCUUUCUCAACAGCCUCUCUAUAUAAGCCACAGAAGAAAAGGUCUCCCCUUCCUCCUCUCUCUCUCUCUCUCGUUUCGCUAGAAAACGUUUUGCUAGGGUUUUCUCGAAAAUCGCACUCAAAUUCUACUCAUCUCCCAAAACAAAUCAGUCCUUAAAACUUCAAUCUUCCAACCGUGUUUCUUCGUUUGCUGCUUAAGAUCCAUAUAUAGUUUAAAUCUCGCGUAGAUCUAUUCCUCGCUAUCCCUGGUUGGAUUUACACCAGGUACGGACUAUUCACGUGCAUAUAGAUCUGACCCGUAUUUGCUCUCUGAGGAGAGAUCGUAUAAUGGUGGAAGUUAUAAUCACCAUUACGACAAAAUCUUUUUCAAAGCAAACCAAUGAGAUCCUCCACUAAGGUCAACUCAAUCGUCAUAAAUCUCACAGGCGCUAACAACGAGAUUGGUAUGGUAGAAUGUGAUGGUUUCUCCAUAUGUGACUUUAUUGCUGACGGGAGAGAAACGGAGCCUAAAAAAUAUUGGCCGUUUCCAGAGGAGAGUGCUAGUUUGGUAGACAAACAAGGCGAUUCUCUUCCUCAUUGGUGGCCGCCUAGCUUGGGCCGCACCAGAAAUAUCGAUGCUGAUGGGACAAAUGAAUCUGGACUGCCAUCAAAUUCAACAAGUAUAAUUAGCACGAACGGGCUCAAUGGCAGCUCUUCGAUUAUCCCUAGUCAAAGCGAACUGAAUUCACGAACUGCCAUUGAUCAAGAGAGACAAAGGAAUAUUGAUAUUGCAGGCAGUGCUGUUGUGGUGAAUGAGGAUAUAAACUGCGAAAGAUCCCAGGUUGAUGAUCAGAGAGAUAACGCUGUUGUGGAGACUGAAGAUGUUAACUGCGAAAGACCCCAGAAUGAUGGUCAAAGUGACAAUGCUGUUGUGGAGAAUGAGAAUGUAAACUGCGAAAGAUCUCAGCAGGAUGAUCAGAGAGAUAAUGAUGUUGCGGAGAAUGAAGAUGUAAACUGCGAAAGAUCUCAGAAGGAUGAUCAGAGAGAUAAUGCUGCUGAAGAGAAUGAGGAUGUAAACUGUGAAAGAUCUCAGCAGAAUGAUCAGACAGACAAUAAUGCUCUUGUGGUGAAUGAGGAUGUAAACUGCGAAAGAUCUCAGAAGGAUGAUCAGAGAGUUACUAGGUCUAGCAAGAAAGUUCAUCCACCUCCGUUUAGAACAUACGCCCUUCGGAACAAAACCACAAAGAAUUACGCAGUGGUUGAACCAAUAGGAAACAAGAGAGCUGAGAAACAACCAAACGUGGAGCAGCUGGCCGUGACUGAGAUAGCUGCUUGUGCUGAAGACACGCAGCCUGAGGAGUCUGAGAGUAGAAGCCUUUUCAUCGGUGGGGCGCCCAGUACGAGAACUCGGAACGUUCGCACGCGGAGACUCGCUGAAGUGAAUGGUAAGCGUACAGUUCAAAAGAGGAAGUGCCGACCUGGGAGUAGCACUACACUGAGCAGGAAUAUAAGCACAGCUGGUGCAGCUUCAGGAAAUGCCUCCAAAACCGUUGAAUCUGCUCAUGGUACUGAAUCAACUGAAAGUGAGUUUGACAAAGAUCCUAUUAAGGGUAAGAAGAAGAACGUAAGGUUCCAGGUUGAAGACGAGCUUGAUACAGAACCUGAACCUGAGGUUGAUGACGAGAAGGAUGAAGAUUUUUAUCCUUGGGCUAGGAGAACUAAGAAGGUCAAAAUAGCCAAAAAGAAGAGAGCUACAACAGCAAUGAAUCCCAGUGACAAGGCUUCUUCGAGUGUGCAACCGUCAUUGAAUGAAACCGAGACGGUUCCUUCUCCACCAAGGGAUCAGGGAACUGAGGAAAGAGUGGGUACUUCACUUGACGAUGAGUUGGCUUCAGAUGGAUAUGUCAGAAAAACUAACGCUCCUCCGGUUAAUGAAAGGCAAGAGAAUAACCGUAUGAGGUCAAGCUAUGUUCCAGUGUUUGGUAACCCUUCUAUACCAAACACAGGUAGAGGGCUGGGAACUGGACCGGGUGCUAUUCACUUCGGCAGCAGCAGCAGCAACAGGACCAAUCAAAGAAACACCUCUCCUUCAACACAAGUUGCAGCUCAAUCUACCGUGCCGCAAAAGGAUGCUUCUAUACCAAACACAGGUAGAGGGCUUGGAACUGGACCGGGUGCUGUUUACUUCGGCGGCGGCGGCAGCAGCAACAGCAACAAUCGAAGAAGCACCCCUUCUUCUACACAAGUUGCCGUGCCGCAAAAGGAUGCUUCUAUACCAAACGACAACAGUCGAAGAAGCACCCCUCCUUCUACAGUAGUUGCAGCUCAAUCUUCCGUGCCGCAAAAGGAUGCUUCUGUACCAAACACAAGUAGGCUGGGAAGUGGACCGGGUGCUAUUUACUUCGGCAGGAGCAACAACACCCCUCCUUCUACAGUAGUUGCAGCUCGAUCUUCCGUGCCGCAGGAUGCUUCUGUUUCAGACAGAAAAGGGAAGGGAGUUAUGGUCCAAAGCCAUGAUGAAAGGGAGAACACUCAAGAGGUACCACCAAAAACACCUUUUUUGUUCGAUCUCAAUGAGACGUAUGAGGAUGUUACCUCGCUGGAGGACAACACCAACGCAGCAAGGGAAGAAGACCGUGUCCCCAUUAGAUCAAACCAGAACUCUGUUGAGAUAUUCACACCAAGGCAGAACUCUUACAUGGCUUCUUCCUCAGUUAUGCCUCCUCCGGUGCAAGAAAGCCGCCGACGCAGCUCAAUUCUGUUUCCUGGACACAACCCCGAAUGGAUGGGGAAUGUCCCAAUGGCUAGUCCUUAUCAUCAUCCAUCUCCAUCCACCUAUCAGCCAAUGCGUGUACCUCCUCAUCACUACGGAGCACCUUCUCCACCAGUUUGGGCAUCAUCCAUGAUACCACCACAGUAUCAUCAACAUCAUUUCAGUCCUCCUGCUCCUUUCAACAUGGAUUAUCCGAGUAUGUUUGCACAAGCACCGAGCAGUGAACCGCGGAACCUCAGCUAUUAUGGGGCCAACUUGCUGAACCAAGCGAUGAUGAGCCGCAUGGAUCCUCGGUUUAGAUCAAACACUCCCGUUGACCACCAUGGGAACUUUGGUUUCGCUCCGAGACAUGUUCACCCGGUUAACCAGUUUAACCAAUUUGUUGAGCUUCAAUGUAGUCAUGAGAGGUCGGUUUAUUCUAGAACCAUCAGUAACCAAGGCAGAUUCCAGCGAAGGAGAAACGCAGCGAGCUUCAGCAAUGCCUCUACAUCGUACGCAGCAAACAGUUCUGGUUCCUCUAGCUGCGUUGUUAGCCGUUACCCUGGUGAGAUCAGCGAGAUAGAGCCAGGGAAUAUCUACUUGGUACAUCAAGAAGAUCUGCAUGUCCCUGAGCGCAUUUCGGAGUUUCAGCAGGCUGAUGAGGAGCAAGCUGGUCCAAUUACAGAAAGUGGCUAAAGACAGACAACGUGGAAGAGAUUUGUGCAGGUACUAGGAGGAAGAGAGCUAUAAAGAGACGCCUAGUCCUGCAGAAACCAGUGAAGUCAAUCUUCCCAGUUUCUCCGGUUCUUGAAUUUUUGAACUUUCACAUUUCUUAUCCUUUUUUUAUUAUUAUGUUUGGUAACGCAUAAAACAUUCAUCGUGUGCGUAUACCUUAAGUGAUUGUGCUACCCUUGUUGGCUUUGUUUUUCGUAUUUUGGGAUUAUCUUUCAGACUUAUUUAUUUAUUCCGCUGGAUUUGUCUUUUUGGGUCGACCAAAAUGUUGCCGUUAUAGCCGGCUUGAAGUUCUCUUUUACAUUGCCAGCUUUCUAUACUUGCAUGAAAACCUU